UUCAGUAUCAGUCAGCUCAUUGACAUCUGGGAAACAGACGUAUCACUCGACUUUGUUUUAGCAGACAUGGCAGCAGCUGAUGUUAUCUCUAAUCAGAAUGUGGUAGAGAGGGUGACCAGCCUUCCUCUGGUGAGCUCCACCUACGGCUUGGUGUCCAACGUCUACUCCAACACCAAGGGCACCCACCCUUACAUCAGGACUGUGUGUGAGGCUGCGGAGCAAGGAGUCCGCACCAUCACCUCUGUGGCCCUCACCACUGCCUCACCCAUCAUGGGCAAACUGGAACCUCAGAUUGCGAUUGCCAAUGACCUGGCCUGUAAAGGUUUGGACAAGAUUGAGAAAACCUUGCCGAUUCUUCACCAGCCCUCUGAGCAGAUUGUUUCCAAUGCCAAGGAUGUGGUAAGCACGGCCAAAGAUGUUGUGACAGGCACAGUGUCCAGUGCCAAGGACACAGUCUCAGACACCCUAACCAGUGUGGUGGAAAAGACUCGGGGUGCGGUGCAGGAUGGGAUGGAGAAGACCAAGGCUGUUGUCAGUGGGAGUGUCAGCACAGUGCUGGAGAGCAGAGUAGCCCAGAUGGUCAGCAGUGGAGUUGACACAGCUCUCAGUACAUCUGAGAACCUGGUGGAGCAGUACCUGCCUCUGACGGAGGACGAGCUGGAGCUGGAGGCAAAAACUGUGAAAGGCUUAGAUAAGAAGGAGCUGAGCUACUAUGUCAGGCUGGGCUCCCUCUCCACAAAGCUGAGGCAGCGGGCAUACACCAGGGCUGUAACCAAAAUCCAAGAUGGCAGGCAACGCAGCAUGGAAUUCAUUUCUGAGCUCAACUCCACAGUUGACGUGAUUGAAUACGGCAGAAGGAAUAUUGGCGGGGCUAACCAGAUGGUAAACGACAAGCUGAGCUCUUUGGCGAUAUGGAAGUCCAAUGGUCCAAACCAGGAGAGCGGUCACGAGGCAGAGGCAAUUGAGUCACGCACCCUGGCCCUUGCACGUUCCCUCACCCAGCAGCUCCAGACCACAUGUCUGGUCCUCGUCUCCAGCCUGCAGGGCCUCCCCAACAACAUCCAGCAGGAAGCACUCUCCCUCAGCCAUUCUGCCACACAGGUCUACACCAACUUCAGCAAGGCCAAGGUGCUGGGAGACCUGCCAGACAGCAUGUUGACCAACAGCAAAGCACAGCUGGGAAAAAUUAAAGAGUCUCUUGACACCGUCAUGGAUUAUCUUGUCAACAACACGCCGCUCAACUGGCUGGUCGGACCCUUCUACCCCCGGAUAACUCCUGAGUCGAAUCACACGCCAGCCUCCGCUGCCAGCAGCACACCAGCUACGUCCUCCAACUCUCCCUCCACCCAGCACCGCAGGGAGGAGCCCAUGGAAGUUGAGAUGAAGUCAUUACCCUUCCAGCAGGAACAGUGACCCAUUACAGCCUUAUGUUUUGAGUUUUAAGUCGUUUCCGUGGCAAUACUUCAGUAAUUACUUUACUGGCAAAUAUUUAACUUCCUGAUGUUGAAGAUGCUGAACACAUUAUGAUGUAAAGCUCUGAUGUAGUUCUGUGUUGAACACAAUGCCAUUUUGUACUUUUUAAAAAUGUAAUUUUUGCUGUAAUCAGCUCACUUGUCAGAUUAGACAGUUCUUUUAUAAUUUUAUAACCGAGACAUUUAAAAUCCAAUCAGUCAAAACUUAUCCCUGUGCUUAGUUCUAUAUAAACUUUGCUGGAACCAGUUA